AUAUACAAAGUACCGUCAUCCUCACUCUAUUCACACUUCACUUUCAUACCAUAUAUUCGUUUUAAUCGCUUUUCAAACCCCAUUUCCCAAACACACCCUAAAGAUCUUUCCUUUAUUAGAUCUAAUCAAAACCCAGUUCACAAAAACCAAGAUUCCAUAUGGGUUUUAUGUUUGAAGCUAAAACCUUAGCUCAUUAUGCUAUUUGAAGCCAAUCUUGAAUUGGAUUCCACUAGUUAUUUAAUAUAUUGAUAUAUAUAUAUAUAUAUAUAGAUAUAUUUGGGAGAUAUAUAUACUAUAUAUUUUUUGAUAUAUUAAAGAUGAUACAAUUAUUGUUCUUUGUUGUAUUUGCUGAGGCAUUUGUGGCAUUUCUUUUAAUGGUGAAAAUUGGGCCACUCAGAGAGUUAGUUAUGAAUGGUUUGGAUCAAGUGAAAAUGAGAAAAGGAACUGUUUUGACAAUUGCUGGGACUAUGUCUGUGAUUUUGUUUUCAAAUUGGAUUAGUAUUGUUAAAAUUCAAAACAAAGGGGCUAAAAUUGGUACUAUGACACCUAUGGAUCAAGUUCUUUGGAGGACUCAUCUGCUUGAGGCUUCACUCAUGGGAUUCUCACUGUAUCUUGGCUUUUUAAUUGAUCGAAUGCACCAUCAUCUUCAAAAGUUAAUUAAUCUGAGAAAAAAUGGUGGUUCAUCAAAAAAAGAAGUAGAAAGGCUUGAGGCAGAGAAGUUAGAGCUAAAAGAAAAUGAAGAGAAAGCAAAGGAAGAAAUUAAACGGCUGCAGAAAGAAACAUCUAGUUUAUCAGAAAGCUUGAAGAAGCUUAAGUUGGAGUCCAAAGAAAAAGAUAAAAAGAUUGAAACUGCAGAAGCCCAUGUUGCUUCUCUUCAGAAACAAUCUGCUGAUUUGCUUCUUGAAUAUGAUCGCCUUCUUGAAGACAAUCAAACACUUCAAGCCCAAACAAAAAGUCGGCAUUUUUGAGGUUAGAUUCUUAUGUUAGAAAUUAAACCGUGUUUUCCCGGAAUGUAUUGUUCUUCAUGGAAGGUGGUGGGAUAGUGAAAUUCGGUGUUUGACUCUAGUUUAGACAUGAUCUUGUGUAUGUUGUUGUGUUUCUUGGACACCCAAUUUUCGUGUCAUUUUUUGGAAACAUCAUGCUGUAAGCUGUAUACAAGAAAUGUAACUCGCUUUAAAUCA